AUGCUGCAGGACCUUGGCAUAGACAACGAAUCGAGUGAUCCAAUUCCCAUUUGCAAUGUUUCCGGUCCAAUAAUGAAGAAGGUACUACAGUGGUGUACGUUUCACAAAGACGACCCACCAACCACUGAUGAUUCUGACAAUCGCGAGAAACGCACUGAUGAUAUCCCAAGUUGGGAUGUGGAGUUUCUCAAAGUCGAUCAGGGAACUUUGUUUGAACUUAUUCUCGCUGCGAACUAUCUUGACAUCAAAGACGCUAAUGAAGCAAAGAUUCUGUGUUGUGGAAUUAUCUCGAUGCUUGGCACUACAUCUCGUACGUCUCAUAGAGUCUUCGGAUUUUCUUUAGAGUAUCUGCCAUGGGAACGCUUUCAAACAUAUAGAAGUGAACACCUCUAA